AUGAAGAGAGGCGCAGAGAGACAAAUCAGCAAAGACGACGGCGAUGACAUAGAGCAGGAAGUCGAAGACCCUGGCAAGGGUUUCCAAAAGGCAGACGAGUCUGUCCUCACAAAGCGGCAAAUACGUGGUUUACCCAAGCGAGCUACGGCUUCAACUAAGGCUUUGUCUUUCGCCGGACUCCCCAGUGCACCUCUUUCACCCGCGGAUUCGGAAUCACCUGCUGUUCCAAAAUUUGGUGGUUUCUCAGGGUUUGGUUUAGGAGCUGGGCCGAGUCCCUUCUCAUUCACCCCUCCAGCCGCUACUGCAUUCGCGACCUCAAACGUUACACACACUGCGUCUACUGCUACAAAGGACUUUGCAUCGGUGGUACAAGCCACUAGUACUGCCAAUGCAUCCAUGAAUCCUUCAGAUGAAGAUUACAACGCAGAACUGAAAUAUUACAAGUCUAUUCGUGGUCUUAACAUCUCCCUUUUGUCAGCUAUCCAAAAAGCUGUAGACCAGGAUCCUUUUAUUGACAUCGCAGGCCUUCUUGAGAGUUAUAAAAAUCUGCGGACUACCGUCCAGACAGAUCUUGAUAGCUCAUCCAAAGCCGCUAGCCAGAAGGUAUCAGCUUCUGGCCCUCAUGUGCUCGAGAAGGCUGCACCUCCAGUAACUGGAUUUCCCGUGCCAAAAGGCUUCUCUGGAUUCGGUAGCUUUGGUUCCCCAUCAUUACCUACUUCAUCCACAAAUGGAACGGAUAAGAGCUCGACACCUAACAAUGCCUUCGCCUUCUCCACAUCAACUUCCAACACGAGCUCGACCCCAACUUUCGGUUUCGGUGCCAAAACGAGUGAAGAUAAUCCUGCAACACCAUCUCCCUUUGGCACUUCGGAAGCCCCGAAAUCGGCUUUUUCAUUUGGGACUAAAUCCGCUGAUUCCAACUCCUCAAUAUCCGCUAAAACCGGUACAGGAAAUGAAGACACCAAAACCGGAAGCACUGGUCUAUUCGGCAGUUCCUCCUUCACACCACCUACAAACACUUUCGCAUCCGCUGCCACCGACAAACCCACCAGUGCUUUCGGCACGUUUGGCGGAGGCUCGCCACCAAAAGGAAAUGGUUUUACGUUUGGGAAGACGGGGGGAGGGAGUAUUGGCAAUCCAGUAGGGUUUGGAUUCGGCGUCGCGAAGCCUGCAGAUGGGGCUUCUACGUCUUCAUCGAGCGCCCCCACGGAAUUCAGCUUUGGUGUUCCACCAACCAAGUCUGUCUCUCCGCCAAUGGAUACCACCAGUCGAUCAGGUUCACAACCUGCUGCCACCGAUGAGAGCACAGACGAUGCAAAGUUGCUGCCAACUAGCAAUCACGAUGGUGAAGGCGAGGGUGAAGAAGAUGAAGAGACAACGUACACCGUGAAGGCUAAAGUCUUCAAGCUUUCAAAGACUUCUGACAAGUCUGAGUGGAAGGAACUGGGUAUUGGUAUGUUCCGUUUGAAGAAACAUAAGGAGACAGGCGCACGACGCGCACUGAUGCGCAACAGUGCCACGGGGAGGAUUGUUAUUAACUUCAGGUUGUUCGCGUCACUAACCCCAACACUGAUGAAGACAAUGGUAUCCUUUGUCGGACACGAUGAAGGUGCUCCGGCAUCGUUCCGAAUCCGUGUAAAAACACCUGAGCAAGCUCAGGAGCUCAAGAAUGCUUUGGAUCGCGAGGUCGCAGCUGUCAAAGAGUCAAAUUGA